UUUUAGAUUGUUGUGUUGUAUAAUUUCGAAUAGCACACUUGUUUCAAAUAGCCAAAAUGAGAAACGUUAGUGAAUUGUAAUUUCAUAAACGACAAAUCUAUUAAUUUCCAUAUUUAUUUAUUUUUUGUUUUUAGUUUGAUAGAUUUUUAAAAUAAAUUUUAGUAUUUUAUUUAAAAUAGAAUGGUAUCCAGUCGUGGUGGAUUAACGGAACUAUUAGCUAUAUUGAGCAUUGUUGAUUUAUUUGGUGUCUUACCCAUAAUUGUAUUACCUGGUCAAAUAGCAAAAUGUGGAUGGUUAGGAAUACCAUUAGCCAUUUUUGUGUUUGUUGUUCAAGUAUUUACAGCAAUACUAUUGGGAAAAUGUUGGGUCAUAGCAGAAACAAUUGAACCAAAUAUAGUACACAAAAAUCGAUAUCCUUAUGCUGCAAUCGCUGGUCUAAGUUUUGGAAGAACAUUUGAACGAAUAGUACAUGUUAUGCAAAAUAUUGCUGUAUUUGGAGCUAUUAUACCGAAUUUAUUAAUUGCUGCUGACAACCUUUAUACACUUGGAAAGAAAGUAUAUAGCGAGAAUUUAUCGUUUUGUAUUUGUUUAAUAAUAAUUGGGAUAAUAUUAUGCCCACCAAUUUGGCUUGGAAGCCCAAAAGAUUUAAAGUGGAUUUCUUUAAUAUCUGUGUUCACUGUAAGCUUAGUGAGUAUAUUGACAUGGAUUUUAAUGAUACAGAUACCUAAUAAUAUCUAUGUUCCAGUGCCUAAAUUAUCUUGGAGUGCUAUGAUUAUAGCUUAUAGCGUACUAGCAUUCCAGUUUGACGUCCAUCCAUUGAUUCUUACUAUACAAAUGGAUAUGAAUGACAUAAAAAAAGUACCUUUCGUGGUCAUUGGUGCAUUUUUCUUUACUUGCAGUUUGUUUUUGAUAACAGUGGUCAUUGGAUAUUUGAAAUUGGGAGGUUUGUUAAAUACGAAUUUACUUAAUAUGUUGCCCAAAAGUCACGCCUUGAAUAUUGUCAUAAUUUUAAUUAUUCUCCAAAUAUGUUUAUCGACAGCAGUCAGUACAACUCCAUUAUUUCAGAAUAUUGAAAACUAUCUUCAUAUACCUAAAGAAUUCACGUGGAAAAGAUGUGUAUUGAGAACAUUUAUCAUGAUAUUAGCUAUAUUGAUUGGAGAGGUAGUACCUAGAUUAGAUUUGGUGAUGAGUUUGGUCGGUUCAUUACUAACAGGUCCAUUGAUGUUUAUUUUACCACCAAUACUUUAUUUAAAGAUACAAAUGCUUUAUCAGUCAAAAACUAAACAUUCAAAGAAAAUGUAUUACUCUACAUUUCCCAGCAUUAAGUUAUCUACAGACAUAGUUUCAAGACAUUUUAUAUCAUUGGCAUUAAUUGUCAUGAUAGGAAUUUUAGCAUCAGGAAUAAAAAAAUUGUUAAAAAAAAAAACGAAAUAAUUAUUGAAUCAAAAGUUAUAUAAGUUUUCAGUUAGAUCUGUUCCAUUUGUAGAAUGAUAUUGUUACACAUAAAUUGAAAAUCUUAAAGAACAUAGUGAUGUACUUUUUUUAGUUAUUUAAUUGUUAUUGAUAAAGUAAUUGAUAAUUUAAAUCUUGCAGUUGCUUCUGAUACGUAGUAAGCAU